UAUUUUGUCUGAGCACUAAUCACUUGUUGUUCGCUGUCCGAUAUAAGAACAGUUUUGUCAAACGCAUCUCCUCUUGCCACGUCGAGCGUCUAACCCCGUUCGCGGAUCUGUUUAGUUUUAUUUUCGUUCGUUGUUGAAAGGUUAUCGGAAGAUGCGCGAGUGUAUUUCAAUUCACGUUGGACAAGCCGGAGUUCAAAUUGGAAAUGCAUGCUGGGAGCUUUAUUGCCUGGAACAUGGUAUAGAACCAGAUGGUAACAUACCAGCACGUUCUGAUCCCACCAAAGAAUGCAGGGCCGAUGAUUCGUUCAACACUUUUUUCAGCGAGACGGGGUCUGGAAAGUAUGUCCCGAGAGCAGUGUUUGUGGACUUGGAACCAACUGUUGUAGACGAAAUCCGUUCCGGCAAGUAUCGACAACUGUUCCAUCCUGAACAACUGAUUACUGGGAAGGAAGAUGCAGCGAACAAUUACGCGCGUGGACAUUACACCAUCGGCAAAGAACUGGUUGAUUCCGUUUUGGAUCGAAUUCGAAAGCUCACUGAUCAGUGCACCGGUUUACAAGGAUUUCUCAUUUUCCAUUCGUUUGGCGGCGGAACUGGGUCAGGAUUUGCCUCCUUAUUGAUGGAGAGACUCUCUGUAGACUAUGGUAAAAAGUCGAAGCUAGAAUUUGCUGUCUACCCCGCUCCCCAGGUUUCGACCGCUGUUGUUGAACCAUACAAUUCUAUUCUGACCACUCACACAACUCUGGAACAUUCAGAUUGCGCUUUCAUGGUCGACAAUGAAGCCAUCUAUGAUAUAUGUCGACGUAAUCUGGACAUUGACCGCCCAAGCUACACCAAUCUGAACAGACUGGUCGGCCAAAUUGUGUCUUCUAUCACUGCAUCAUUGAGAUUUGAUGGCGCACUCAACGUAGAUCUGACAGAAUUUCAGACUAACUUAGUGCCAUAUCCACGAAUCCAUUUUCCUCUAGUUACAUACGCCCCUGUGAUAUCGGCUGAGAAGGCGUACCACGAACAGCUCUCAGUAGCAGAAAUCACAAACGCUUGCUUUGACCAUGCUAACCAGAUGGUUAAAUGUGAUCCUCGCCAUGGAAAAUAUAUGGCUUGCUGCAUGCUUUACCGAGGUGAUGUUGUUCCGAAAGACGUGAAUGCAGCAAUAGCCAAUAUCAAGUCUAAACGCACGGUGCAGUUCGUCGACUGGUGUCCAACUGGCUUCAAGGUGGGCAUAAACUACCAGCCUCCGACUGUCGUUCCGGGUGGCGACUUGGCAAAAGUACAGCGUGCAGUUUGCAUGCUCAGCAAUACGACUGCCAUCGCUGACGCUUGGGCACGUCUGGAUCACAAGUUCGACUUGAUGUAUGCAAAACGAGCAUUUGUUCACUGGUACGUCGGCGAGGGCAUGGAGGAAGGAGAAUUUUCAGAAGCUCGCGAAGACCUUGCUGCCCUGGAAAAAGACUAUGAAGAGGUUGGUGUCGAUUCUGCGGCUGACGGCAGCGCUGAAGAAGAAGAGUAUUGAGCAGACUUUGAAAAUAUGCCUUCCAAUUGCAAUAUAAAUUGUUAGUGUCCCUAUUUAACACGUUCCUGGCAUAUCUGCAUCAGUUGUCGAGAUUUUCACGCAUUUUCCGAAUUUUGUAUAGUACCACUUUUCCCGAAACGCUUGUUCCCAGAGCGGACACUUUGAUCAGAAUACAUGCAUUUCAAUCAAUAGACUAAAUCUUAAAUGGCUUGUAUGGUAUUAGCUCAUGAAUGAAAUAAUUGAAGCAA